UGUAAUUUGUCUACAAAUAGUUUUUAUUGUUAAUGUUUUUAUGCUGUUGGUUUAAGAAAUUUAUUUUUAUUCAAUAAAUAACUCGAAACUUUUUUUGGCCACAGUGUAAGGCUGUAAUCCUACUGUAUUUAAUUUUUAUAAUUAUUAUAUCCCAGUAGGUGGUAGUAUUUUAGAUGUCUAACCAAAUUAAACCAAUAAACAAAUUAGACGUACAUAAAAUAUGUUCUGGUCAGGUUGUGUUAAGCUUGGCUACAGCUGUAAAAGAAUUAAUAGAAAAUAGUUUGGAUGCUGGAGCUACAUCAAUUGGGAUAAAACUGAAAGAAUUUGGAAAAGAUUUGAUUGAAGUAACAGAUAAUGGAGCUGGAGUUCAUCCUGAUAAUUUUGAAGGCCUUGCUUUAAAACAUCAUACAUCUAAAAUUCAAGAUUUUGCCGACUUGACUUCUGUAGAAACAUUUGGUUUCCGUGGAGAAGCAUUAAGUUCAUUAUGUGCUCUAAGUGAUGUGACAGUGACUACAAGACAUUCAUCACAGGCUUGUGGCACUAAGCUGGUAUUUGAUCACACAGGAAACAUUAAUUUAAAAAUUCCUAUUGCUAAACAAGUUGGAACUGCUGUUUCUUUAUCUAAUUUAUUCUACUCAUUACCCGUGAGGCAUAAAGAAUUUCAUAGGAAUUUAAAAAAGGAAUUUGGAAAAAUGAUUCAAGUGGUAACUGGUUAUUGUUUAGUUUCUACUCAAGUGAAAAUUUCAUGUAUCAAUCAAAUUAAAUCCAGCAAUAAUAUUAUUCUCUCUACUCAUGGUAGCAACACGGUAUUAGAAAAUAUAUCAUGUAUUUAUGGUCCUAAACAGGCUAACAGUUUAUUAGUUUUAAAGAAAGUUGUUCUUGAAGAUGAACAAAAUGAUGCAGUAAAUAUUUUUGAGGUGGAUGGUUAUGUAUCUAGCUGUGAUCACAGUAGUGGCAGAAGUUCUAAAGAUAGACAAUUUUAUUUUAUAAAUUCAAGGCCAUGUGAACCUUUAAAGGUUAUUAAAGCAGUUAAUGAAGUUUAUCACCAAUACAAUCAAAAUCAAUAUCCUUUUGUUUACUUAAAUAUAACAAUUGCAAGAGAUGAAGUAGACAUCAAUGUUACACCUGAUAAAAGACAAAUAUUUCUUUCUAAUGAAAAUUACUUGGUCUCAAUGAUUAAAGCUAGUAUGAAUAAAUUGUAUGAAAAUAUUCCAUCUACUUAUAAGAUGAAUACAUUAUUGCAUGAUUCAAUAUCAAUCAAAAGAUCUUAUGAAUCAAACGCAGAAAACACUAAUUUUAAACAAUUAAAAUUGGACACAAAUGAUGAAAAUAUAAAAACCUCUAAAAGCCAUUCAGAAGAAAUUAGAGCUAAGCUUAAUAGAUGGAAAUCUUAUUCUAAAGUAGAUGCUAAAAAUACAAUAGACCAAUUUUUAACAGAAAAAAUUGAACUUAAUGAUAAUCAUAAAAAAAAUAGUACUGAAGAGUUUAAUGAAACUCAAAUGGACGGUAGUUCAUUUGAAUUUAUUGAAAAUAUUAAAGAUAUUGAUGAAGCAGAAAAAACUGUUGAAUUGAAACAAGAAGAAGAUGAUGAAAAAAUAGAAACAUUCAUGGAUACAUCAAACUGUAAAAAUAAUGAAGUAACCAAAAUGUGUCCAAUUAACCCAAAUGAUAAAAAUACUAAAGAAUACAAACUGUUGGAAAAUGUAGCUGAAAAAUCAGACAAAGAGGAAAACUAUCUUCAUUUGAAAAAUGAAAUAAACAUGAAUAGUAAAGAUGAAUAUUUAUAUAAUCAAGAUACUGAUAAUAAUUUAAUAAAAAUAGAAACUGAUAUUAGCAUAGAAAUAGACUCUUCUAUAGCACCCAAAGUUAGAAAAUGUGCUGUAGUUGAUAUUAACAUUGAACAAAUUAGACAAAGGUUGAAAAACUUAACUACUAGAGUAUCUGAAAAACAAAAAAUUAAGACACGUUUUUAUGCAACAAUUGAUCCAAGUAAAAAUCAACAGGCUGAGAGUGAAUUAUGCAGAGAAAUUACUAAAGAUAUGUUUGCUCGAAUGAGUAUAGUUGGACAAUUUAAUUUGGGUUUUAUUAUUACUAAACUUGAUGCUGAUUUAUUUAUAGUUGAUCAACAUGCUACCGAUGAAAAAUACAAUUUUGAAACAUUACAAAAAACUACAAAAAUUAUUAGUCAAAAACUAGUUGUACCUCAAAGUUUAGAAUUAACUGCAGUUAAUGAAAUUAUAUUAAAGGAUAAUAUAAAUAUUUUUCAAAUGAAUGGAUUUGAUUUUGAAAUCCAAGAAGAUGCGGAUUCAACAAAAAAAAUUAAAUUAUCUAUGAUUCCUAUGAGUAAUAAUUGGAGAUUUGGUAAAGAAGAUGUAGAUGAACUUUUAUUUAUGUUACAAGAUGCACCAAAUACUCUUUGUAGACCUUCUAGAGUCCGUUCAAUGUUUGCGUCUCGAGCUUGUCGCAAAUCAGUAAUGAUUGGUACUGUUUUAAAUAUGAACGAUAUGAGAAAGCUUAUUGACCACAUGGGUGUCAUUGAGCAACCCUGGAAUUGUCCACACGGAAGACCAACAAUGAGGCAUUUAGUGAAUUUAUCAUUACUAAAUAAAAAUUUUGAAUGAAUACAAUUCCAACACCAAUAUGUAUGUAUAUAUGUUUAAAUAAACUUAAUA